AUGGUUGAUUUUAUAUCAGGUGGUGCUUGCAUUUGUUUGGUUUGUUUGGUCUGUUUGAUCUGUUUGAUCUGUUUGCUCGGAGCUCAACCGUUGACCCUGAACAUCAAGUUGCGAUGGAGCAAAGACGUGAGGUCUUCACCAAGCUCUGAUGACCAGCUUUUGCAGGCAUCCCGAAGUACGCUAGAGCUUGCAGAGCAUGAUCGGACAGUCCUGGAAGAAGAGGAGGAGCUGGAGCGGUUAUUGACAAGACGAACUCACCAAGGCAGCGGGUUGACGAAGAUUUUUGGUGUGGCACAUGAUACAGGCAGCAGUGUACGGAUAGGCCGGAGAGAAAAGAGGAAACGGAGAAAGAGGAAACAGGGGCAGUCGCAGUCGCGUCAGAAUCGGGGUGGAGAUGAGGAGGGAGAACUGAUGUACGAGAUGGAGGAGGGUGAUGCGUUUGGCAAAGAGGAAGAUGACAGAUUAAGCUUGCUGUCUUCUAGCUCGAGCUCGUCAUCGUUGGAUUCCUUAGCGUUAGGAGAUGGGCUGCUGAAACGGUCAAAGGGGUUUUGCCGUAGGUUUAGUCUCCCCUUAACCGCUGUUCUCGUUCUCUUCCUUAUCCUGCUCCUCGGCGCGUACAAGGCUUCGUCUCAAUUCCGCGCGAGACAGCAAAUUAAAUCUACCCUCCUUUCAAAUGGAACUGCGCUAUUUCGUCCGACAACCAUCCUCAUCUCACUCGACGGCUUUCGUGCCGAUUUUAUCGCUCGAGGCCUCACGCCCACCCUCAAUCAGUUUAUCACAGAGGGCAUUUCCCCAAGAUUUAUGCUCCCAAGUUUCCCCAGCGUCACAUUUCCAAAUCACUUCACUCUAGUAACGGGCCUGUAUCCCGAGAGCCAUGGGGUGGUUGGAAACACAUUCUGGGAUCCAACCCUUCAGGAAGAUUUCUACUACACCGACCCAAAACGAAGUAUGCACGCAAAAUGGUGGAAUGCGGAACCUAUCUGGGUAACAGCAGAAAAGCAAGGUGUGAGGGCGGCGAUACAUAUGUGGCCCGGGUCUGAAGCACAUAUUGGGCCUUUGGAGCCGACCUACGUCGAUAAAUUCAACGGCAGCGAGGAACUGUCUGUCAAGGUUGAUCGAAUUUUGCAUUGGCUAGAUUUGCCGGGAGAUGAGCGCCGGCAGCAAUCAGCGGCGGACCAGAAAAGACCCCAGCUUAUCGCUAGUUAUGUUCCAAAUGUGGACGCCGAUGGGCAUAAAUUUGGCCCCAAUAGUACGGAAAUUAGGGCAACAAUUGCUGAUGCAGAUCGUAUGCUGAAGGCCCUAUUCGACGGUCUGCAUACCCGAAAUUUGACACACAUUGUGAACAUCGUCGUUGUAUCUGACCAUGGGAUGGCAACGACCUCGACAGAUCGCCUUGUUCAGUUAGACGAUUUGGUUGAUCUUUCUCUCAUCGAGCGCAUUGACGGAUGGCCUCUUCAGGGUCUGCGACCUAAGAACGACACGGACAUACCUAAGAUUAUGCACGAUCUCAGAAAGAAUUCAGAACAAUACAAAGAUUCUAUCGAAGUUCAUACUCGCGAAAACAUGCCUGAAAGAUACCAUUUUUCUAACAACGACCGAAUUGCACCCAUAUGGAUAAUCCCAAAAACGGGCUGGGCAGUUGUUAAAAAGGCAGAUCUCAACAUUAUUGAGGCUAAAAAGAAGAAUGUCACGUAUCACCCGCGUGGCAUACAUGGAUAUGAUCAUGAGCAUCCGCUUAUGCGUUCGAUAUUUGUGGCUCGUGGACCGAGUUUCCCUCAUAAACCUAACAGUCGGAUUGAUCCUUUUCAAAAUAUCGAAGUCUACAACAUCAUCUGCGAUACUUUAAAAAUCAAACCCAGUCCGAACAAUGGCACUCUGCGCCUCCCUUUACAUCCAGCCGGAUUGCACUCCGACAACGAUGCGCCCAUACUUGAUGUUCCCAAUGACCCGCCCGUUCCCUCGUCAAGUGCAAGCAUCAGCAAUAACCCUCACACAAUUACGAGCACUGCGACUGAUGUGUGGACUCGUCCUGCUCCAAUUUAUACGACCUUAUCGUCACCUACGCCCCGCGCCUCACACAGUAUCAGCGACAACCAAGGACACCAAAGCGAUGAGGGCGAAGAUGGAGAUAAAAACCAUACUCCGUGGUGGAAGUCCGUAAUGGAUAAAAUCAAGGCCCUGAAAGAAUGGGCAAAGGGAGCUUUCGAAAAUGGAAAGUCACAUACUACUUCAAGCGCUAAUAAAGGUCGAUAG